UCGGUGGUCAAAGGGCUGUUUAAUACCCUACAUAAGAAAAUAAAAGUACUUUCUCCUCACUGAGGUCGAAGAACAAAAGCAACCAUCUCAAGGAGAGAAGACGCAAGGAUCCUUGAUGAAGCUCACGCGCCAUGUUUCUUCUAUGUAUUGACACCAGUUGACAUGGAGGCGCCAAUCAGUGCUUCGCUGGGGGCCAUAGGAUCACUGAUCCGAAAGCUCGACUUGCUUCUUGAGUCUUCCGAAGAAGUCAACGGAUGCAGGCCUCGAUCUCACAAGGGGGCCAAGUACGGGAUGCACCUCCUCAGAGACGACCUUGAAGAAAUCAGCUCGUACCUUCAGGAUCUGUCAGAGUUGGAGGAUCCUCCGCUGAUAGCCAAGUGCUGGAUGAAAGAGGCGCGCGAGCUAUCCUAUGACAUCGAGGAUUACAUUGACAGAUUUGUGUUUUCUGGCCAUGUUGCCAGCAUCAAGACUAGAUGCCGCCGAAUCAGCCAUAUUAAGAUCGCUCGUCUUGUAGAGACGAACAAGAAGCUCAUUCGACGCAAACGGGUUGCCGCCAUGAUCUCGGAUUUCAGAAUCUACACCCAGGAGGCGAUUGAACGGCACAAGAGGUAUGAGCUCGAUUGUUCCAACUUCAGGCGCAGAUUUGAGCCCGCGGGGCGGCUUCCAACAACAUACGAAGAGAAGGCCGAUAUAAUCAUCCAUUGCGGGAUGACCAAGUUUAUGGACUCGCUGGAUAACGGCAGGGAUGAGCAGCUCAAGGUGGUCUCAGUCGUGGGAUCUGGAGGAAUCGGAAAAACUACAUUUGUUACUGUGCUGUACAAAAAACUCAAAGGACAUUUUGAUUGUGGAGCUUUCGUCCGCUUGACCCGAAAACCUGAUAUCAAGACAAUGCUGCGCGACAUCCUCACACAAGUUCAGCGGCAGCAGCCCCACCAUGACCAUGGCGAGGAUCCCGACCUUAUUGGCAAAAUCAGGGAACAUCUACAACAUAAAAGGUAUUUGAUUAUUAUCGAUGAUCUAUGGUCUGCAUCGAUAUGGGAUGUAAUUAGUCAUGCUUUCCCAGGUGGUGGAAUGUGUAGCAGAAUAAUAGCAACUACCCAGAUUGAAGAUGUUGCAUUAGCAUGCUGUUGUUAUCACUCAGAUUAUGUGUUCGAGAUGAGACCUCUGGAUGAUGAUCUCUCAAGAAAACUGUUUUUCAAUAGCCUUUUUUGCUCUGAAAGUGAUUUUCCUCAUAAAGUGAAAGAAGUUUCGAACAAAAUUAUAAAAUUAUGUGGUGGUUCGCCACUAGCAACAACCAUUAUUGCUAGACUUUUAGCAAGCCAUCCUGUGAUGUUAAUGGAGCAAUGGACAUACAUAUAUGAUUCACUAAGCUUCAAUUUGAGGACAUGUUCUACUUCAGAAGGGUUAUUGAAACUAAUAGUAAACUUCAGCUACAAUAACCUGACUCACCAUUUGAAGACAUGCUUGCUCUAUCUUAGUAUGUAUCCAGAUGGCUGCAUGGUAUGUAAGGAUGAUUUGGUGAAGCAAUGGGUGGCUGAAGGUUUUAUCGAUGCAACCGGAGGGCGAGAGGUGGGGAUUGCAGAAAGCUAUUUCCAUGAACUUAUUGCUAGAAGAUUCCUACAACCUGCAGAUAUCAGAUACAACAGUGAGGUGGUGUCCUGUUCAGUUCAUGACGUGGUACGUGAUCUUGUAGUGCAGAAGUCUUUAGAAGAGAACUUCAUUAUGGUACUUGAUUGUUAUCGGAGGAAUGUGUCACUUUCUGAAAAGGUUCAUCGACUGUCUCUCCACUUUCCUCACGCGAAGUAUGCAAGGACAAACAUAAGAUCGUCACAAGUUCGCUCCCUUGCUUACUUUGGAUUAUCGAAGUGCAUGCCUUCUAUUAGGGAGUUUAAGCUAAUCCGUGUUCUAAACCUUGGAUUAUCUGGUCAUGAAGGUGGUGAUGACACAAUAGAUCUUACUGGGAUUUCUGAAUUGCUACAGUUGAGAUAUCUAAAGGUUGCAAGUGAUGUCUGCAUAGAACUACCAAAGCAUAUGCGAAGGUUACAUUAUUUGGAAACCCUUGAUAUCGGUACGAAAAUCACACAUGUUCCAUGGGAUAUUAUCCAUUUACCAUGCCUGCUGCACCUCCAUCUGCCUUUCGAGACAAAUCUGAUGGAUUGGAUUAGUGCCAUACCUGCCAGUGUGUGGAGCCAUGGCAAGCUGACGAACCUGCAGUAUCUUCACCUCACAUGCUCUAUACCGGUUCCUGACCAUCUGCAGAGAAACAUGGAAGUUCUGGGCUCUUUACUUGGAGGACAUGGAAACCUCAAAACUCUAGCUCUCAUUCUUGGCUCCGCUCAUAAAAAUGUUGUUCACAGUCCUUCAGAAGUAACAUUUUCCUGGGAUGAAUUCGCACCUCCCCUUCUCGAGAGAUUUGAAUGGUUGCCGCACAUUUUCACCUUUUCCAGAGUUCCCAAGUGGAUGGGAAAGCUUGGCAACCUCCGCAUUUUAAAGAUUUCAAUGGCGCCCGUUAAGAGGAUCGUCUUCGACAAGGCAGGAUUCUCAGCUCUCAAGUACUUCAAGCUCAUCUGCAGUGCAGUACCAUGUCUGAAAUUUGAGAUGGACACAAUGCCUAAUCUCAAGAGGCUCAAGCUAGGCUUCAGUGCCCACAGAGUGGAUCAACAUGGCACUACACCUAUCAGCAUCGAGCACUUGCCUGGCCUUGAAGAGAUCUCUGCAAAAGUUGGGAAUGCAACAAGCUCCGAUGCAGAGACUGCCUUGACGGCUGCUGUUAGCAACCAUCCAAGGAAUCCCAGAAUCAGAGUGCAGUUGGUGGAUUGGAACUUUUGUGGUGAUGGAGUUUCGUAUAUGAUAAGCAAACAGAAAGAACCCUGGACUCUAGAAGAAGAUGAGAUCCUUGAGGAAGGCCUGGAUAAGAUCCUUGACCACAUUUGGUCAAAAAAAAGAAAGAUCCUUGACGGUAAGAAGAAAGAAGAUUAUGUCAGGCAUGGUGGCGUCAAAAGGCAUCGGAAAGAGAACUGCACCAAAAAUGUGAAAAGUCGGGAUGUUUUAACUUCACCAUACAUUCUAGGAGAACAACAAUAUCAUCGAUAUAAGCUUCUAAUAUUACACCAAACAAGUCAUGAAAGAUCAAAUUCAUAA